CCAAGUCGUGGAAUUGUGGAUUGCUAUGUGGACUUGCUGGCGUAGUUCCUUUGGUUUCGUGAUACUACCCAAUUCAAGUUGCUGUUUUCUGAAGGAUAACAGUAAAUUACGUGGUUAUUCUGCGUUUUGUCGCAUACAUCGUGGCAACUCUUUUCUAGACUCUGGGAAAUGUUGUUCGAGAGGAGAAAGGCACUUGGCCAAGUUGUUCCUGAAGGCAGUUGGUAAGGGUUUUGGAAUCCCGAAAAGGAUGGACUUUCCUUAUAGUGGAACCCUUCGUCCUGGUCAGAAGAGUCCAACGAGAAAAGUUCCUGCUGAUAUACCAAAACCUAAUUAUGCCAAGACUGGUUUGCCUCCUCUGAAUUCACGUGCCCCUUGGGACAUUGAAGUUCAUAGUGACGAGGACUUGGCAAUGAUGAGAAUAUCUUGUCAAGUGGCAAGAGAGGUCUUGGAUAUUGCUGCACAAUUUAUCAGGCCUGGAGUUACAACAGAUGAAAUUGAUGACGUUGUUCACCAAGAAACGUUGAAGAGAGGAGCUUAUCCGUCGCCUCUCAACUACUACAACUUUCCCAAGUCUUGUUGUACUUCGGUAAAUGAAAUAAUUUGUCACGGUAUUCCGGACAGUACUGUCCUAAGGGAAGGAGAUAUUAUCAAUGUUGAUGUGACUUGCUUUGUAAAUGGAUUUCAUGGAGACUGUUCGGCCACACUUCUAGUGGGAAACGUUGAUGAGGAAGGAAAGCGUCUUGUUCGUACAACAUAUGAUUGUCUUUACAAGGCUAUCAAAAUUUGCAAGCCUGGUGUAUCAUAUAAUAAGAUUGGAGAAAUUAUCGAGGAUCAUGCCACAAGUCAAGGCUUUUCAGUUGUCCGAAAUUUCUGUGGCCAUGGAAUCGGACGCGUCUUUCAUACUUCCCCCAAUGUUCUUCAUCAUCGUAAUCGAGAAAGAAACGGAGUAAUGCAAGUCGGGCAUAUUUUUACCAUCGAGCCAAUGAUUAAUGAAGGUACAUUCAAGUCCAUUACUUGGCCAGAUAAGUGGACGACAGCUACUGCUGAUGGAAAGCGCAGUGCGCAGUUUGAACACACAAUAGCCAUUACCAGUUCAGGAGUUGAGGUACUGACAAGGCGGACAGAGCAUAGUCCUCGAUAUUUUUGGGAACGAAAUUUAGAUAAGGUAGAGUUUUGAAGGCUUCCUAGGUUCAGUUGUAAAGCCAAGUUGCUCUAUUGCAGCAUCUAUUGUCUUGUGAACUCAGCUCCUAUUGUGAAUAAUUUUAUUUUUUCCUUCCUAAAGGAUAACGCAUGCCUAGAAUAUUCAGUCUGUUAGAGGAUAAACAAAGCUCUCUAUAUGCUCAGACAUUAUUCAACGAC